AUGGAUGCGCAUUUGGGCGAGGGUGGGUACUGGCUGGUGGACGCCACGGUGCCCAGGUGCUGCGUGGUGGGGGCCGAGCGCCUGGAAGCCGAUCACAACGGCCUGAGCGUCGUGGACGUGGAGAUACGCGGGGGUUUGAUCGCCAGCGUGGUGCCGGCGGGAGCGGGCCGGGAGGCCAGGGCGCGAGGCGUGCCCGUGGUGUCGCUGGAGGGGGGCAUGUGCUGGCCGACGAUGGCGGACCUGCACACGCACAUUGACAAGAGCCACACCUGCGAGAGGACCAGGAACCCCGCGGGGACGCUCAGUGGGGCGGACAAGAGCACGGAGCGGGACAGCAAGUUGUGGGACAUGGACGAUGUGUGCAGGCGAAUGGAGUUCAGUUUGAGGUGUGCCUACGCCCAUGGUACUUCUGCACUGCGGACCCACCUCAUAAACUUGACUCCAAAGCAAAUCGACCUCACCUGGGCCGCGUUUGCAAGACUCAAGAAGAAAUGGGCAUCCAGGGUUGAACUGCAGGGAGUGAGUCUGUCCCUCUUAAGUUUCUUCCGGGACUUGGAGCAGGCUACUGCACUGGCAGACUUGGUGCAGCGGGAAGGGGGUGUUCUCGGUGCUGCUGUUUGCUGUGGGGAGCUGGGGGGCAGCGAAAAGGAUGACUAUACAACAUGCAACAGCGACAGGGACAUGUUGCUUGACAGGAUCUUCACCCUAGCGUCAGAACGCAACCUUGACCUUGACUUCCAUGUGGAUGAGAAUGGGAAUGAGGGUGCAAAGGGCCUGAGGUAUGUGGCUCAGAAGACCAUCGAGCAUGGAUAUCAAGGGAGAGUGGUCUGUGGGCACUGCUGUUCACUUGCCUAUCAGCCACCAGAGGAACUGAAGAAGACCCUCCAGGCGGCACACGAUGCGCAAAUCACGGUGGUUUCACUACCCCUGGUGAACGAAUGGACACAGGACAGGAGCCCACCAGAGCACUGUCGGACACCACGGUGGAGAGGGAUAACCACACUGAAGGAGCUCAUGGCUGCAGGGGUGUCCACGGCAUUGUCCAGCGAUAAUGCAAGGGACCAAUUUUAUGAAUACGGGGACUUGGAUAUGAUGGAGGUUUUCACACAGAGUGUCAGAAUGGGACACCUAGACAGACCCAGCAUGGGGGAUUGGCCCUGCAGCAUCACCUCAGUGCCAGCAGCUGCAAUGGGUCUGAAGGACCAUGGCCGGAUUGCCGUGGGCAGGCCUGCAAACUUGGUGCUGUUCAGAGCCAGGAGGUUCAGCGAACUGCUGUCAAGGGGACAACAUGAUCGGAUCGUGAUACGGGAUGGGCGCCCAGUGCGUGCAGCUUUGCCUGAUUAUCGAGACCUGGACACUUUAGUUGGCCAAGACAGCAAACCCCUCACAAAUGGAUAUACAAGGCCGGCCAGAGCAGACGUCUCCCUGAAGCUGUGGAAGGUACGCCAGUGCCAGGAUGCACACAUAAACAGUGAGCUGCGGUGGAGUGCGGUCCACACUGGUGUGGCGGUGGGCUUGUUCGCAGUUGCCGUGCUAGCAUCAUAUCGCACCACCAAGAUGAUGUGGUAG